UUCUUCUUCUUCCUCCUCCGCCUCGGGAUUUGCCGCGCUGCCCUAUCCCCUCUUCUCCUCCUCCUCCUCCUCCUGCUCCUGCUCUCCCGCCCGCCACCAAAUGCUUUCACCACCCCCUCUCCUGCUCCUCCGCUUCUACUUAUACCCUUCCCUCUCCCUCCCCGGCCCGCGCGCGACUCUACCUAGAAGCGGAGGCAGAGGAGGACCUUCGCCAUGGAAGGCGACGUCCGCGCCAAGAGCCGGGCUUGUGCCGGCGAGACGUCCUCCGUGGCUGCGUCCACCCACUGGGCCGCGCGGCGCCGCCAAGUGUGCGACCAGAUGGUGCUCACAACGCUCGACCUCGACCGCCGCGACCGCGAGUCCGAGCUCAUCGCGCUCGCGCGACUCCACGCCGUAUCCAUGCUCGACGCCUCCUUCCUCCGCGCCGCAGACGACCGUGAGGAAGUAGGCGGCCGCCGUGCGCUGUCGCCGGAGCGCGCGCUCGUGCGGCAGAUCGCGAGGGAGUGGACGGCAGCCCCACGCGGCGCGGCGCGGGUGCGGGGCGAGGAGUGGCUGGGCGAGACCGAGCGCCAGCGGGUGCGCUCCGUGCGGGAGCGCGUCCGCAUGGCCAGCCAGGGCGUCCCAGACCAAAGACGCGCGCGCGAUCGCGAGGGCGAGCUGCCUAGGCUGCGCGAACGGCAGGCGCGUGUCGACGUCGUCACGCGCAUGGCCAUGGAGCGACAGCGCGAGCUGCAGGAACUCUCCGAGCACCGCGCCGUCUCCGCCUUCGCUCACCGCGGCCGCAUUCAGUCUUUACUCCGAGGUAGAUUCUUUCGUAGUGGAAGGCCAAUGAACGAUGAGCGACCACUUUCCAUGGCAUCCAGAGAAUUAGGACAGCUUAGACAGAGUCAGCCUGUCUCUAGAUUGAGGGAAGAAGUUCGCUUUCGAACAGAAAAUGUCACCAGGGAUCAAUCAAAUUCAGGGGCAUUAUCUACUCAAAACAGUUCUGCCAAUAAUGAGCACGAUAUUGUAGCAUCUCAGGUUGUAACUGAUGAUAACCAUCAUAUAGAGAAUGCAAAUCGUGAUUAUGAAAUCCAGACACAUCAACCAAUGGAAGAUGAAGCUGUACGUGUCGAAAACACUGUACCUGAUGGUAAUGAUGUUCUGCAAAAUAAUUUUGCUCAAGAACAAAUACACCAAUAUGAAGAGUAUUCAGAAUCAGGAUCCUCAGGACAGAACAGUGAGCAAUUUGGUUCUGCCUCUUCUACUGCAUCUAGCAGCAGCAUGCAACAAGAAGACGAAACUUAUGGACAACAAACUGAUUUGGAAUGGUCAAGGGGUAUAUCUGGUACUGAGAAUGCACAUGACAGCGCCUUACUACAUAGAGAUGGAGAAUGGCAUGUUAUUGACUAUCAAGAAGGUGAACCACAGUGGCAGUCAGGUCAAAGUUUCACUUCUACCAGAAACGUUAGUAGGUUUAGUCCACCGGAUGAUGAUGUCUAUGGAGUUGAGCUCAGAGAACUCUUAAGCAGGCGUAGUGUCUCAAAUCUUCUUAGCAGCGGCUUCCGUGUAAGUCUGGACCAGCUCAUUCAAUCUUAUGUUCAAAGGCAAGAACAUGAUCCUCAUGAUUGGGAUUUCGAAGGGCAGAGACCAACCGUUGGUUUACUCAACGACGAUCCUACUGAACACAGGAUCGACGAACCGAAUCAGGCUGAGAGUGACACCGCACUCCAGCUUUCAAGUGUGUUACCGGGCCAAACACUUUUCCCACAGCAGCAGCAAUGGCAGAUUGAAUUGCCUCGUCAUAACUGGAGUCAACAAACCAUGCAUCGCUCUGAAUUUGACUGGGAUGCCAUCCAUGUUUUGCGAGAUGAGUUGACUGGGGUACAGAGAGGAAUGGCCAGCAUGCAGCAGAUGAUCGAAGCAUGCAUGGAGAUGCAGAUAGAGUUGCAGCGCUCCAUCAAACAAGAAGUUUCUGGUGCUCUAAACCGCUCUUCAACCAUGCGUGAUGAAGAGACGUUAGAGGAUGGAUCACAGUGGAAGCUAGCAAGGAAAGGAACCUGCUGCAUCUGCUGUGACAAGCAGAUUGACUCGCUUCUUUACAGAUGUGGGCACAUGUGCACAUGCUCAAAGUGCGCAAGCGAGUUGCUCCACGGGGUCGGCAAAUGCCCGCUGUGCCGUGCGCCUAUUGUUGAGGUGAUCCGAGCUUACUGCAUAAUGUAACAGGAGGAGCGUAGAUAAAAAAGUAGAGGAGAGGGGUUAAUUUUGACUCUGGAGGCUUUCAGUUCCAGUUUUGACUGCAGCAGCAGCAGCUGUUUCUUAGGUGUUUUUUAAGUUCUGAAACCAGUCGUCUGCAUUGUUUCUGUAGCCUCCAUGCUA